GGCCGCUCAUCUAUAUCCGGUGUAUUCGAACCUUUCCUGAGCAGCGAACACUGACUAUAACACUGAGCAAUUGACAGGACUGCUGCCUCUUAAACCUCGCGCACCACCACUAGGAUAGGAAAUACUGAGAAAUAACAAGCUAUUUUCAUGCUCCACUUAUUCUCCUACCCCGGAACCAACAAGCACAGCCGGCGUGUCCGGACCGUCUGGAGCCAUCGCAGCUAAGGAAUUCCCUGCAUGGAUCCACAGAGGGAUAAAUAUGGCGAGCGACCGGCCAGAAGCCGCACCGGACACUCGUCCAGAUCGACCGGAUCCUCCAGCAGUUCAGGGGUCCUCAUGGUGGGCCCAAAUUUUCGAGUCGGCAAGAAGAUUGGCUGUGGGAAUUUUGGAGAAUUGAAACUUGGUAAAAAUCUCUACACCAACGAGUAUGUAGCUAUUAAACUGGAGCCAGUGAAGUCAAGGACACCACAGUUGCAUUUAGAGUACCGUUACUACAAAACACUGGGGACAACAACUGAUGGAGUGCCUCAAGUGUUUUACUUUGGUCCCUGUGGGAAGUAUAAUGCCAUGGUUCUGGAGCUGCUCGGACCAAGUCUGGAAGACCUCUUUGACCUUUGUGACAGAACCUUUUCCCUGAAGACUGUCUUAAUGAUAGCCAUUCAAUUGAUAUCCAGAAUGGAGUAUGUGCACUCUAAAAACCUCAUUUAUAGAGAUGUGAAGCCUGAAAACUUUCUCAUUGGACGACAAGGGAAUAAAAAAGAACACAUCAUCCACAUAAUCGACUUUGGUCUUGCCAAAGAAUACAUCGACCCAGAGACCAAAAAACACAUUCCAUACCGGGAGCAUAAGAGCUUGACCGGCACUGCCAGAUACAUGUCCAUCAACACACAUUUGGGAAAAGAACAAAGUCGGCGGGAUGACCUUGAGGCCUUGGGCCACAUGUUCAUGUAUUUCCUGCGUGGGAGUUUGCCAUGGCAAGGACUCAAGGCUGACACGCUAAAAGAACGAUACCAGAAAAUUGGAGACACAAAAAGAAACACUCCUAUCGAAGUACUGUGUGAGAACUUUCCAGAGGAGAUGGCCACCUACCUGCGAUACGUGAGACGGUUAGACUUCUUUGAGAAACCAAACUAUGAAUAUUUGAGGACCCUCUUCACUGAACUGUUUGAGAGGAAAGGAUACACCUUCGACUACACCUACGACUGGGUUGGCAGGCAAAUACCUACACUAGUGGGAACGGUUCAAAUAGACACUGGAGCUUCUGCAGCCACAAGAGAGGGUCAUUCCCACAGAGACCGGCCCUCCCAGCAUCCACCUAUCAGGAGUUUGACGGCUGCCUCCGACAGACGAGGAGCAUGGGAGGUGCAGCCCACCCGCCAAGCAAACUCCUCAUAUCUCAACUCCCACCUGGCAUCGGAUAGACACGGGGGCUCUGUGCAGGUGGUCAGUUCAACUAACGGAGAGCUGAACGCAGAUGGUCCACUCGCAGUUCACACCGGCGCACCAGUCACAGCCCAGACUGAGGUGGAGAUGGUCGACGAGGCCCAGUAUGUGUCACACACACACGCACGCAAACACACACCACAGCUCUCCCCCUUGUCCAUCUGUUGCUUCCUCUACUUUGCGUUCUCCCUUUCUCCUCGCCUUCUUUCUCACGUUGGAUUUCCCAGAGUUCCGCCUGUCAUUUCUGCUUCUGCCUCUUGAAUUGCUACGUCGGGUUUUGGAACUUUAAGAAAGCACUUUUAUUUAAACCAUCAGUAGCAGAGAAAUAACUGGAGACUGCAGACAUAUCACCAAUAUCAGCCUCUUGAUAUUUGUGAUUUUCAAAAACCAUUGACGUUUAAACAAGUGAAGUGAAACGUAAUGAACACAGCCGUCAUGUUUGUCUCUAGUUCUAGAGUCAUGCAUUUUAAAAUGGUCAUCAGUGCCACCAUGUUAUGUAAAGGAGAAAAAAAAUUUGCCUUCAUUCUCUGUCAUCGCUGGAAUAACCAUCUCAACCGUUGAAGCUGCCGUAGGAAGGGAUUUCGUCCGACAGACGUGAAUUUUUAUUCACCUUCAUUUGUGCUCAUUUCUGCUUCUGAGCGCUGACAGAUCCUCAUCCUGUCACCUGCUUCUCCACAGUUGUUUGAAGUGCUGAUUCGAUUCUUUACUGGCAGCUGCUCUGAUACAUCCUCAAACAAGGUUCUAUAGGAGAGGAGGACAUCUAUCAACGCUUGCAGUGCUUCUCAUUUAAUUACAAUGUUUUUUCUUGAAAGAGGAGUUCAACAGAAUGGUGUUUAAUAUUUCAAUGAAGUGCUGAGCAUCAAACUGUUUAAAUGAAGGGUGUUCUGAUAAAAUAUAUGAACAGCAGUGAGUAGAAUGAUCUGUGCCAUUUUAGCAUGAGCACAUUGUUGAUUAUUUUGAGUCAAAAUGUUCUCUCAUCGUGAGAGGAUUCCUGUAAUGUAACCUUAAAAUAUUUAAUAUAUUUAAUCCAAUCCAGACAACAGGGAACCUUAGUAAGUGCAGGUGUUCCUGGUCUAAUGAUCACACUGAUGCACAAGACACGUCGCAGCUAGGAUGAUAACAACAACAACAACCACGAACAUGGAGGAAUCCACUGAGAGUACGUUACUUGGACUCAUGGGGGGCAAGGUUCAUUUAAGAAACUGCCUUCAUAAGAACGUGGUUUUGCGCAAAUUGUGCAAAAAGGAAUUUGCAUACCACCAAAGCACAUCAAGCCUACGAUACCACCUUAAUGCAAAACAUGUUGCAGCAAGCACCGAAACCACUUGCAGUAGUAGAAUGCCACCUUAUUUGGAAUUGUUGGUCAUUUAUUUAACAUUUAAAAUGAGGACUGUUCUGAACUGGCACUUGAACUGUUAGCCGUUUCCUUUUGUUCAUGGAUGUUUUUCGCCACUCAAUGAGUAGAGUUUCCACUACUCUCAAUGUACUUAAAAUUCUUAUUUGAAACAAAUAUUUUCCAAGACAUGAAAAGAGCUUUAGUUUAAAUAAGGUGAUAUAAAAACUUGAAUAUAGCCACCAUCGUGGUUUAGUGUGCUAUUGUCAAACUGAUGCAAAAUAAACAAUAUUUUGUGGGGUCCAUCAUUUGAUUCAGGAAUAUACCAAAUUCAUUCAAAUGAAAAACAUGUGGCUUCUUGUGGCAAAUAUUGUAAACUGCGAUUAAUCUAGUUAAUGAGAUUAAUGUUUUUAAUCGAAUCCCACCCCUAGUUAUAGCAGUGAACUGUUCAAAGGGCCAGGUCCAUACUCUGAAAUCUAAUGAGCCGACACCGUCCACUCACCCGGGGCGGAAGAAGCCACACUAUGAACGUUACUCUUCUGUCUUCUACUUUAUUUUGGUUUCCACCUUUGUCCCGUUCACGUUUGUGUGCACGCCUGUGUUGCAUGACCUCCCCGACCUGUCGGCCUUCCUGUAUUAAUCUUUUUCUUUUCUCUUUACACUCCUUUCUUUCUCUUCUUCAGUAGCUGCGUGAAAAUGCUCAACCUGUGGUGAGUCCCUCUCUGCUCGUCCACAUCAGACUCAUGGGACAGGGAGCGGAUCAGCCUGGGCUGUUGUGUACAAACCCCCAGUUAAACACCAAACUCUUAAACUGUAGUUUGACUUGUCAUACUUUUUUUUUGGUCCUCACCGUAACACAGAAUGGAAACCUUAAUCCAAUGAUAUAUGAAGGUUCUUCAUGCAUGUUCCACCUCUUAAGGUAACAUCGUAGUUAUGCAGCUGAGCUUUGUCUUGUAUGUGUGUGUGUGUGUGUUUAUCUAUCCACUUUUUGUGUGUUGUCUUUGUGUGAUUUUUAUUUUGUACAAGAAGAUGUGGUGAUGCAGCUUUCGCUGUGUUACUCUGAAGUCAGUCAUUCGACUGUGGUCACUGCUGAGCCUUAAAAGUUGAACCUGAACUUCCCAUGAUCAGUUUAUUAUAUGGGUUUUACUUAAAGUUGUUGUACUAGAAUUCCCUUUAUUACAGAUGAUUCACUUUUGGGGGGAUUUUGGUCUUAAUUUCCACUCAAGUUUAACGCUUGUUUGUGUCCGCAGGUGCUGCUGCUUCUUUAAGCGGAAACGGAAGAAGAACACUCCUCGGCACAAAUGAUCCAUCAGCGUCAGCCCAAGACACGUUCGACCACCGACGAUUGUGAUCUGAGAAACGGAUGAGUUUCAUUCUGAAUUCAGACUUUUCAGAGCUCCAGUUGGAGCUGUGCUCUGUUGGGGCGAGAACGGAGUGACAGAUCGAGAAGCUCGUGUCUCGGAUCGGAGUCCCUUUCUUGUUUUAUCUCCUCCGACAUGUGUGAUCACAUUUGUCUGCCUAUUUGGAGGACUCUUGCAAAAGAUAAUCUUCAUAGUGUGUCUCUAUGUGUAUUUUUUUUCUCUUCAAGAUCAGUUUGAAAUCUGUCAUUAUGGUUUUUGCUCUUAAAUUCCUGACCAAAUUGAUUUCCUUCGGUUUUGACACAAAUCUUUUGGUCCUUGCUCGUAUGGGGCUGAAUGUAAUCGUGAACACACGAGUCGGGGACUUGGGCAGUGACACAUUCACAGGCAUGAAGAGCAGCAGUCCCUCUUGACCCCAGCUUUUUGACCUUCAGUGGGUCAAAGCCUGAGUGAACAGAACACCAGAGUCGCCCCCUGCUCUCUGUGUACGCCAGAUGGAUUUGCUCACACUGCUUGGUCAAAGCACUCCAUCCAACUAUGAUGCUGUCGACACACUACAGUCUCUCCAGCAGACUCUCCAGAGCUGGUGAACUGAAAUAUGCUAUUUAUGAUAUUUAUGUCUUGGUUGCCACCAGUUUCCUACUCUUUUCACAGCAUACACACUGAAUGUAUGGACGUAGGAGCAUUCGUGAGUGGUUAAGGGAGCGGCAGUUUCAGUGAGUUGUAAGGCAGAGAUCAAUGCGUUUUGAGUGGGAGCAUAUUAAAAGCGAUGGAUUUUUCCCACUGAGACACUUUUUUUCGGCAGCACUAAUGACUGUUGAGUCACAGCCUUUUAACGCUACUGUCCAAUGCCUUAACCCUGACUGACCCACCACGUCACAGCACCGCGAUAUUUACGGUGGCAGCAUGAUGCUUCUGACAUCCGCGGCACUGAUUUUUGUUUUUUUUUUGUUCACAAGCGGGUGGAUUGUUAACGGCUCGUCCACUUGUCACACAGAUGUAUUCCCAUGAGAGUUGAAGCCAAAUGGAAGGUUUGGUGCAAUAGUGUGCAAAAGUGUUAAGUCCGGAAACCCUUUUUGUUUGUUUGGGUUGUUUUAAGCGCACGGGGAGGUGGUGGAGUCGCCAUGACGGCGGAUGCAUGAACAUGACCAUACCAUUUUUUUACUCUGAGGAGGAUGGCCUUCAAACAGUGUCCUCAAUAAUGUCACCUCGCUAAAUUCCUCCACACAAAGUGUGUGCGUGCGUGUUUUUGUAAGCAUUUGUUGUGUUGUUAAUGUGAAUUUCAUUUUUUUAUGCAAUGUUUUCAUUCCAAAUAGCCAUGACUUUUGACAGAGGAGAAGAAAAAGCUUGAGAUCACGACUGCACUACAUUUCCCCUCUCGAGACCUUGCCUUCUUUUAUGAACGCAAAUGUGCAUUUUUACUUUUUAACUGUAGCUGCCUUGUGUGCCGGUGUGCAGGGAACCAGCUUUUAUCGCUUUGCUUGUGAAUCCCCACUUGUUUCUUAUGCGUGCCAUGACCUUGCAGUCCCUAGCACACUUGCGUCCGUGGAGGAUUGAGAAUUCCCACCUGCUUCUUGAUCCUAAAAUGCAAUUGAGUCUGUUGGUGAACCUGCUCCUUGCAUGUAUUUUUGUAGCUUUUUAGUUCCCCCUCUCUGCCCUUCAUGUGUGUCUUUCACUUCAGGUUUUAAGUUCAGUGACAUUGGAAGUACUUGAAUAACUAUGGACCUUAUUAGCUUUUGAGUUCCUUAUUUUAAGAGUGUUUUCGCUCCAAGGAUCCGACUGGGCUGGUCGAGAAAUUGGGCGUUUUAGUGUGACUUUUAUUUUAGUGCCUCUUGAGUGCGAAGAUUCUUAAUCCGCCUGAGUGGCAUCUGCUGCGGGUAUGUCUUUAAAUUCCAGCUCCCCCCGCCCUCCCCACACAAAACAAAACAAUGGAUAUCUGGACUGAUAUGGCCUUUAACAUUCUCCCUCAAUUCCUUGAGUGCCAUUCAUGGUGAGGCUGCCAGUCCUUCAACCUGUGCCAGGAAAAUACAAGGUUGAAAGUUUUCACACUGUCCUUUCAUUUUAUUUUUUUUUUUUAAACCCUAGGCCAAAUUCAUCACCAGGAAGUGUUGAAAUGAAAGCGGUUCUUCUCUUUUGAGCAGGUUUGUGACUAAAACUGUAGAUAGAUUAACCUUUUUCCUUGUGCAAAUUUAUCGAGAAGCUCUGUGGUGUCACCCUGCAUGGCUUAACUGGAGGAGUGUUCUCACCUGUAGGGCUCAAACACUGUUGCAUAUUCAUCUUUUCGCCCUCAUGUGAAAUACAAAUGUGUAAUUCUUAUCAACAUUCCUUUUCUGUUCAAGCCAGUCCUGAAAUCGCUCACAUCGGUCCACCUGUCCGCCGUCGGAUUGUAUUUAAAUUGACAUUCCUGUGUAUUGAUGUGUAAAUCAAAGCAAAGGACAAGUGACAUGUAUUCCGCUUCAGUCUUUUUGGGUUCUCUGGCACUUUUCCUUGUUGCUGUACUGUAGUCUUGCAGUUACUGUAUGUGUUUUUGAGGAGACAGGUGACAUAUA